AUGGGGCUCGCUUUCAACAUCCUGGGGCUCGUGGGCUCGUUCAUGAUCUCCGCGUCGCUCGUCCCGCAGAUCGUCAAGGUCUACCGCACCAAGAGCGCGAAGGACCUCAGUCACUCCUUCCAGUUGCUGUACCGCAUUUCGCAUGUAGAGCGCUACAGCGGCCUCAUCCUCGUGGCGGUGUACGGGCUCGGCGAGUCGCUGUGGCCCACCUGGAUCCCUGUGGUCAUCGAGCUCGCGGGCGGCCUCACGCUGCUGGUGAUGAAGUUCAUCUACAACAGACGCGAGGCUGACGGGGCCUCGGACUUGGAGGUCGACGCAGCGGAGAGAGCAAGUGCCACGUCGUACAAAUACGCGCUCACGCCGAAGUAA